AUGAUUAAUCAGUAAAAAUUUGAUAUUACAUACUAUCUUGCUAAUCUUUAGGUCCCGACUGCGCUUUUGUUUAAUUUUAGCGUUGUGUUGUUCCCUAAAACUCGUUGAGACAAUGGCGACUAGUGGUACACAUCCUUUUUCAUCUGAAUCAUUACAAAUGCCAGCAGAACCACCACCAGUUCCAUCCAUAUCAAGAUCAAUUAUUGGUUCUGAUGACGAAUCAUUUGUGGUUCUUGGACAUUCAUUAGUUCCCGAUUCGGACGACGCAACAAGUAUUGAUCUUGGCAUUGAUCUCCUUGGUGAUGGUAUUAUUCCUGGAGCACAACAAUUAAUUAAUCAAGAACUGGCCCGAAUGGAGGAGGCUUCUCUAUCAAAGAAUGAUCCUAUCUUAUCUGAAAGUCAAUGUUCACAACUGGACCAAUCAACAAUUUUGCCUUUAAUGCCGCAAGUUGCAAAUACAAUUCCCAAGGAUGUUAAUGGUACUAUCAGUAUUGUUAGCUUUGCACCCAGUGAGUUAGUUUCCGAAGAAUUGCAAGUUAAAGUUUCUACAUUAAUAGAUGAAAAUAUCCGCUUGAAAGAAACAAUCAUGCAGAAUAAUAUGAGCAUGAAGGCGCAAUAUGAAAGGAUUGUAGCAUGGCAAGAUGAAGUGCAAAAGGUGCAUGAAACCCAUAAAGCAAAGUUUUUACAGGCAAAGCAGUGCAUUGAAGGGCUAAAAACUGAAAAUAAUCUGCUUAAAGAGGAACUGAUGGUACUUAAAGAAACUGUAAAUAGACAGACUAAAGAGAUGGAUCAAAAGUUGGUAGAAGUGACCGAGAAAAACAUGAAGGAGUUUGAACUAGACAUGGCCAACAAAAAACUAAAGGAACUUGAAUUGGAACCCCAAAAUGUUAUCCCAAUAAGUGAAGCUGGUAAAGGCAAAGAAGAUAGCUUGACUGCUAAGUUCGAACAGAAAUUGCUGAAUUAUGAGAAAUUACUGGAAGAGUCUUACAAAAAAAUUAGAGAUUUGGAAACGGAAUUAAAAAAUGCAAAGAUAUCUGAUGAGAAUGUUGAGUUGACUGAAAAAGUGGAAUUGGACAAGAAGUGCUUGGAAGAAGCGAAUGAAAAAAUUAGAACGAUGCAACUAGCUCAUGAUAAAAUUGUAUCUAAUUUAACACAAGACUUGUACAUUCUUAAUGGCAAAACAAUAGAGUUGGAGAAAAUGGUUAAAUUCAAGACUGCUGAAUUGGAGAACGUUAAGAAAGAUGGUGUUGGAAAAUUAUCUCAAGUAGAAGAAGCUAAACAUCAAUUGGAUAUAUUGGUUAAAGAUUUACAAAGACAAUUAGAAGAGGCCAAAAUUGAGGUUUGGAGGGUCAAAUCUAGAGAAACGGAAAAAGUACAGGCUCAAACCCACGUUUAUAAUCAACCUGCGGUCGUCGCUGCCAGCUAUGAAGAGUUGGCACAUCUUAGACAUCAGCUGCAGCAAUCCCAAAUGGUUUUAACACACUAUGAGCAUGGCAGGGUGGCGGCCAAUCAACAGAUCGAAACUCUGACCAACCAGGUUGAGGAGUUGAGGUGCGAGUUGGAAAAUAAAGGAUCGUAUAAUCCCGACGAUCUGUACGCUUUCAAGACUCAGGCCGAAUUGUACAAAAGCGAUUUUGAGUCCGAACGCGAAUCAAAAAACGCUAUCAAUAGGGAAAAAAUGAAGCUAACUGAAGAUUUGCAAGCUUUGCAUCGACGUAAUCAGCAGUUGCAGGAGGAAGUGGAAUUGUUGCGAGAACAGGCUUUAGCUAACGCGCCUUCAACGACACUUCGCAGUCAGCAGUCGCACUGGGGAAACAAUUCGCCAACAGCCAGCAGAUACUAUUGUCCCAUAUGCAAUAUGAAAUUUCGAUCCGUGCGGCUUGUCCAGGAUCAUCUAGAAACCUCUGUGUGUCAUCUCUGAAGCAACAGAAGGUGUUUAAAUGCCCAAAGUGCGAUUUUGGGUUCUACACGCUCCAGGCAGUGGAAAACCACGUUUUACGCUGUAUAGAACUAGAUGAACCUUUGCCAUAAAUUUAUUGAGUUUCAAUAUGUUUUGGUUAUAUUAAAAUAGCAAUUAAGCAUAUGUAUAGGAGUCUAAAAAGUCGAAAUAUGUCGGAAACUAUUAUGCAUUUUGUAUACAAAGUCAGGUCAAUCUACAAAUUCAAAUGAAGAAGGGUUUUUUUGCUAUUGUUCUCGAUGUAUUUUACUGUUUCCAUACUUUUUAGACAUACCAUAAAGUUUUUAUUUUCUUCUUCUUUUUUAAUAUGUAAGAUGGUUUAUUGCAUUAGCAUUAUUUUGAUAAUAAGAUUAGUUGUAGGCACAUGUAUAAAUUCAUAUUCCUAAUAAAUGAAUUAUUCCUAUCUCAUUCACCUGAUUUCG